UCGCGUUUGGGGGGUGUAGCCCUGAGCCCUGGGGACACCGCCUCCUGAGAUUAAAGCGAGAUCUGGGGAAGGCCCGGGACUUGAGCGCCGGGCAGAGGAAGGCGCGACCUCCCGGGAGGCGGAGGUGAAGACGCGCGGAGGAAGGCGGAGGGGCGGGGAGCGCGGCCGAGCGCGGCAGGUCGUCUUGAACGCUCCAGAUGCCUACCCUUACCCAAUGCUGUUGAUAAAAUCAGGAUGGCUUUAAACUCAGGGCCGUCCCCCGGCGUCGGGCCUUACUAUGAGAACCACGGAUACCAGCCCGAAGCCCUCUACCCAUCGCAGCCGGCCGUGGCUCCCAAUGUCUACGCUGCGUAUCCAGCUCAGUACUGCCCGUCCCCGGUGCCCCAGUACACCUCCAGGGUCCCCACGCACACUUCGACACCUGGGAUCUACCGGCAGCCCAAGCCCCCUCCGGGGACAGUGUGUACCACAAGGGCCAGGAAAGUCCUGUGUGUCACUCUUGCCCUCGGGACCUUCCUUGUGGUCACUGUUAUAGCCGCUGUCCUGGUCUGGAAGUUCUUGGAGAACAAGUGCUCCGCGUACGAGAUGGAGUGUGGCUCCUCGGGGACCUGCGUCAGCCCCUCCUUCUGGUGUGAUGGCAUCGCGCACUGCCCGAACGGCGAGGACGAGAACCAGUGCGUUCGCCUCUACGGACCCAACUUCAUCCUCCAGGUCUACUCGCCGGAGCGGCAGGCCUGGCACCCCGUGUGCCAGGAUGACUGGAAUGAGCACUUCGCCAGGGCGGCCUGCAAGGACAUGGGCUAUAAGAACAGCUUUUAUUCCACGCGGGGGAUCGCGGACGACAGCGGAGCCGCGAGCUUCAUGAAGCUGAACGCGAGCGUUGUCACCGUCGAUCUCUAUAAAAAGCUCUACCACAGUGAUAGCUGCUCCUCAAACACAGUGGUUUCCUUACGCUGCGUGGAGUGUGGUGGCCCCUUUCUGCGGCGCCAGAGCAGGAUCGUGGGUGGAUCCAACGCCAACCUGGGCGACUGGCCCUGGCAGGUCAGCCUGCACGUCCAAGGCGUCCACGUCUGCGGAGGCUCCAUCAUCACCCCUGAGUGGAUUGUGACCGCUGCCCACUGCGUGGAGGAGCCUCUCAACAGCCCGCGGUACUGGACGGUGUUCGCAGGCCUUCUGAGACAGUCCUCCAUGCUCUAUGGAAGUGGAUACCGGGUCGAGAAAGUGAUCUCUCACCCCAAUUAUGACUCUAAGACCAAGAACAACGAUGUUGCGCUUAUGAAGUUGCAGGCACCGCUGACGUUCAAUGACAGGGUGAAGCCCGUGUGCCUGCCCAAUCCUGGCAUGAUGCUGGAGGCACAACAGCCGUGCUGGAUCUCUGGGUGGGGGGCCACCUAUGAGAAAGGGAAGACCUCGGACGUGCUGAACGCUGCGAUGGUGUACCUCAUUGAGCACUCACGCUGCAACAGCAAAUAUGUCUACAAUAACCUCAUCACGCCGGCCAUGAUCUGUGCCGGGUACCUGCAGGGCAGCAUCGACUCCUGCCAGGGGGACAGUGGAGGGCCGCUGGUCACUUUGAAGAAUGAAGUCUGGUGGUUGAUUGGGGACACGAGCUGGGGAUCCGGGUGUGCCAAGCCUAACAGGCCCGGAGUGUACGGAAACAUGACGGUGUUCACAGACUGGAUCUACCGACAGAUGAGGGUAACUUCCUGUCCUUUCCACUGGGUUUUCGUCUCCUUGAGAGGAGGCCAGCUUCUGCUGUGGGAAGCUGGUUAGCCACCAAGGCACCAGGCCACCCUGCUUCCCCUGGCUGCAGUGAAGCUAGAUCAAGAUCACCUACCCCCAAUCCAGUGUCCCCAGGCCCUGGUGCCCACUGGUGCUGGUGGCAGAAGCCAGCAGGACCCUCCUUGCGGCUCUGCCCUCGCACUGGAGCCGGCUCAGCUGGCCAGUCACCACCGCCCACAUCAACUGAACCCUGUGGUGAGGGGCAGGGAGCAGAGGGAAGAGUCGGAUGGGGCGCCCCUCUCAUGGGGACCUCCCAAGGGCCCCAGGCAGCCCCCAACUCAAGGGGUGCAGGAGUGUCUGGGGGCCUUGGGUCCCCAGACCCUGCAGCAGGGUAAGGAGCACGGAGAGGGUGACCCCAGGCCCCUGCCAUCCUGCCCUGCCAUCCUGAGCCCUGAGUGUCCCCAGCUCAGGGGCAGCAGGCCGCCCGUAGUCUCAGGUCCUGACUCCUUCCAGGCUGGCACUGGUGAGAGACAUGCUCUUCCUCUCCUCGUGUCCCCAAGGUCUCAGGGGCUGAAGGAGGGC